CGAAGAACAAACGAAAAAACAAGCACAGUAUGUGCCAAUAAUAGCGAGUCACAGGUUUUAUUUUAAAACAAGGAAAAAAAUGAAAAGGAUAUGCUAAAAUUUUGACCGUUGGUAGAGAGAGAGUACUAAUAUGUUUGAGAAUUGUUUAAUUAAGAAAUGUCAAGUGGCAAGUGGGUGCAGGCGUGCAGCAACGGUUGGAAUACUAAUCCUUAUUAUUAUAGAGAGUGCCAAGUAUGAAGGGUGAAGGCAUGAUGAGGUGGGUGUUGGUGUUGGUGUUGACCCUCUCCCUUUGUGGUGUGCCUGUCAGCGCCACAGACCAUAUUGUGGGAGCCAACCGUGGGUGGAACCCUGGCAUUAACUACACUCUUUGGUCCAAUAACCAAACUUUCUUCGUGGGCGACCUCAUCUCAUUUAGGUACCAGAAAACGCAGUACAAUGUGUUUGAGGUGAACCAGACUGGCUACGACAACUGCACCACACAAGGGGCCAUUGGCAACUGGAGUAGCGGCAAAGACUUCAUAACCCUCAAAAAGGCCCAAAGGUACUACUUCAUCUGCGGCAAUGGUCAAUGCUUUAACGGAAUGAAGGUCUCCAUACUUGUGCAUCCCCUCCCUCCUCCUCCUCCAGCUCAUCCUCCUCAUGCCUCCGCCCAUAAAUCUGCUGCUCCGCGCCUUCAUCUUCCCGCUCUGCUCUCCUCCCUCUCUUCUUUUGUUUGGCUUGCUUGGAAUCACAUCUAGAGACUUUCUCUCGUUUUGUGUCAAUUCACACACACCACUUGCUUUAUUUAUUUUUCAUGUAACGUAUACUUCCUUGAUUUAUGUUUGAAAGCUCUCGGAUUUCAAAUUGUUGAAAAUGAUAUGCCCUACUAAACCCUGUUAUUAAGAAAGAUAUGCAGAAUCAUUCUAUCCCUUGGUGAGGGACAGAAUUAGCAAUC